AUGGAAAAUCAGCGUCGCGACGACUCGCCGUCGGGUCUGUCGGAUAUUGUUGAAGGCGACGGCCUUCUGGGCACCGGCCUCACGACCCGUCAUAUUGAAGCCUUUGGACGCAAAGUCACGACAACCGCAGGGCAUUUGAUGGGACCGGGCGAACAAAAAGAUACACAUUUUCACCAUGCCAUGACCGACAUCCACCGCGAGCUCCGGCGGCCAGCGGCCCAGCGCAAAGUGUUUUCGCUGACACAAACCACACCGACCGACCUUGUCCGAUCGAAGCUUUCAACCACUGAGAUCCAAUCCCGCGCUCUAUCCUCCGUCCCCGAUGAUCUUCUGGCCAACAUCCCCGAGGACAGCAGCUCCUACUCGCUCUUCGAGGGCUUCCAGGCCUCCGUCCCAGAGGAGGAACACAAGAAGCGACAUCGAAGGCGCAGCUCCAAGGGCAAAUACCUCAAGGAUGUUGAAAGAGGCGGCUCCCUGGCUGCCGGACCAGCGGGGCUGAAGGACCAACGGAAAUCGCUCAGUCGCAAGCUGGAAUUGAUGGGUAUUCGCAAAAACAUGUGCAGUGCGGAAAUCCACGAGAUUGACAACAAGGUCGCAAACUUGCAUAAGAUUCGGAAAAUUGUUCUAGACAGGCUCGCUGGCUUGGAAAUGGACGAGGCGGGAUUGGAAGCCGAACUUACCGAACUUGAUAACAAGCUGGAGGAAUUCCCAGAAGAAGAAGAAGCCUCGGAUACGCCUACUGCGACGGAGACGUCACAGCAAGAAAGUCGAGAUGAAUCCCUUGGGUCUUCGGACGAUCCAGCGAUGGAUGCUUCAUUCAUGUCCGAGUCUAUAUAUGAAAAGCUGCCUACAUCUUCACCAAAAAGUUUACGGCAUCGAUCGAACAGGAAACGAUCAAUGCCCAUUCUACACGAACACUUCGAGCCGGGAUCUUUAAUCAAAGAGAUAGAAGCGCAUACGGACAUGGUUACCGCGAUUGACUUCGACUACCCAUUCGGCACUAUGGUCAGCGCAGCGCUAGACGACACCGUGCGAGUUUGGGACAUGAACGUCGGCAGGUGCUCAGGAUUCUUAGAAGGGCACCAUGCAUCUGUUCGGUGCUUGCAGGUAGAGGAGAAUAUAGUGGCAACGGGAUCGAUGGAUGCCUCAGUCAAGCUUUGGGAUCUGAGUCGUGCUCGGCCCACAACCCGAGAUGGGCGUUUGAACAAGCAUGAGCGCGACCAAGAAGACGGGGAAACCCAACAUAAGACUCCGGUUCCACCCUCUUCGAAUCUCGAAGACUGCAAUGUCUUCUCAUUGGAGGCCCACGUUGAUGAGGUGACCGCACUUCACUUCAAGGGCGAUACUCUUAUUUCCGGCUCGGCAGACAAGACCCUCCGACAGUGGGAUCUAGUCAAGGGUCGCUGUGUUCAAACUUUGGACGUGCUGUGGGCUUCUGCCCAAGCUUCAUCAUCCAUGGCAGGAGAUUCCGACUGGCGACCGUCGGGUCGUAUGCCUGAUGCUUCUGCCGAUUUCGUCGGCGCUGUACAAUGUUUCGACGCUGCUUUGGCCUGUGGUACUGCGGAUGGCAUGGUUCGUCUGUGGGAUUUGCGGAGUGGACACGUUCACCGGAGCCUUGUUGGACACACUGGCCCAGUCACCUGUCUUCAAUUUAACGAUAUGCAUCUGGUCACCAGUAGUCUAGACCGCAGCAUUCGGAUUUGGGAUCUGCGCAUGGGAUCUAUCUACGAUGCGUAUGCCUACGACAAGCCCGUCACCAGCAUGAUGUUCGAUGCCAAGCGUAUUGUGGCUGCCGCUGGAGAGAACGUCGUCAAGGUCUACGACAAGGCUGAUGGCCACCACUGGGAUUGUGGCCCUGGUGUAGGUAUCGACGAGGGACCACUCCCUGCGACAGUCGAGCGCGUUCGUCUCAAGGAUGGUUAUCUCGUGGAAGGUCGCAAGGAUGGUACCAUGGCGGCUUGGACAUGUUAG